GCGGAGUCCACGAUGUUUGAAAGCCAGUGUUGAUAUUUGAAAUCACCCAAACAAACACGCCCCUACCCCAAUAGAAUCUGGACCUUCUGUUGAUAGACCCGCCCCACACAUACGCAACCCGGCAUUUGAUUUGAUUUGAUUGGCUAUAAGUGUGUUUUGGUAGUCGGCCCGUCUCCUUUUCCAACGCGUUUUUCAAACAUCGUGGACUCCGCCUUUAACUUAAAUAAACCAAGCUUGAUGAUGUAUGCAGCCUUCAUAUGUGACCUCCGGAGGCUGCAGGCUUUGGAUUGAGAAAUGGCCAUUUCUGCAUGCAUAUUUUGUGAGCUAGGAAUAUAAAAAUUCUGUAAAUAACGUACAAAUAGGAUCCUUUUGCCAAAUGGAUGAUUGAUGAUUUUAACUAUAUUGAUUGCAAAGUCGUGUAUAUUUCAUUUAAAAAAAAAAAUCAGAGAAGCAGACUUGACAGGUCGAUUUUAUUACCGUACUGAAAAAUUCAGCUAAGACCUGGUUUGAGGUGGCAGUAGCUGGUUUAAGCUGGUCCUUCCAAACCGGUGGUUUUCUAGUCUGACCAGCUAAGUCCAGCUAGACCAGCUUAAAAAGUGACCAAACCACAGCUAGACCAGCAUGCUACACCAGUGAAACCAAAACCAAGCUGGGAAACCAGCUAAAACUAGCUCACCAGCUUAUGCUGCUCUUAGCUGGAUUUUUCAGUAGGGUUGUGAUUAUUUUAUAUGAACAACUGCAACAGACAGUAAUAGCUGCCCACUUCUCCGGUUGUGUGUGUGUGUUCACGACUUGCAGUGCGCGUGUGUUCACUACUCUAGUAUGGGUCAAAUGCAGAGGUCACAUUUCGAGUACGCGUUGCAUACUUGACAAGCUUGUCACUUUCACUUUAGCUAUUUCCACCUGGACGCUUUUCUUAAAGCAGGAAGUGAUGAGCAAAUGAGAGAAAUACAUUGCGGCUGUCUAUUUCACAGAAAACAUUUACAAGAGCAAUAAACUAAACCAAAGUUUCGAUUUCUCCAUCAAUACCGAACGCACAAUUUGUACAUUGUGUGUUUCUAGUAAAGUUCUGGUAAAAUCUUUCACCUUUAUCGGACACGAUGAGUCUUGAAGAACAGCAGGAUUCCAAAAGCGAUUCCAAGAGAAAAAGACCAGAGUCGCCUGUUGCCGCAAUCACGAGCUAUGAAGACGCAGAUCUUAAAGAAGAACCAGGUGGUGGAUUUGCAAAUAAAAGAGUAAAGACAGAGAGAGCAGCUUCUCCUUCACCCAGCUGUCCAUCUGUAAGGUCAGAUUUUUCAAUGGAUCUACCAAACAACUUCCAAGGAGGAGAGAUGUUUCCUUUAGAUCUAAGAAAAAAGUUUGAAAGACCAGCUUCUCCUACCCCUAGCUAUUUGUCUUUGAGGACAGAUUGGUCAAUGGACUUACCCGGCAACCUCAUAAGAAGAGAAGGGUUUCAUAUAAAUACAAGUAAUGAGGAAACAAAUAAAACAUUGCCAAUCCCCAGUUUUAUUUAUAACAACCCAGGAGACACUGCACAUUAUUUAAGAGGCAACACAUGCAUAGUAGACUCAGAGAGAGCUCCUUCUCCUACACUCACCUCUGUAUCUGAAUGGACAGAUUGUUUAGUUGAACAACCAACCCACUUCAAAGCUGAAUCAACUUUUCACUUGGAUUCAAGACUGUUGACGGAGAAUCAUUUAAAAUGUCCAAUAUGCAAAUCUAUGUUGAAGGAUCCAGUCUCCAUUCUAUGUGGACACAAUUACUGCAGAAUUUGUAUUAAUACAUUCUGGGACAGCUGUACAGAAGAUUAUCUCUGUCCAAAGUGUGGAAGAGGGUCCAAAAUACGUCCAGAACUGAACACAAACACAGCACUGGCAGAGGUGGUUAAAAACCUACAGCAGGCUGGUUUCAGUCCAGCCCUUCCACCACGUUCUUAUGCUGGGCCUGAAGAUGUUGCCUGUGAUUUCUGCUCUGAGCGGAGACUGAAAGCAGUGAAGUCUUGUUUAACCUGUGAUGCGUCCCUCUGUGAGACUCACAUCAGGGAUCAUUAUACAGUACCAGCAUUACAGAAACACAAAAUAACUGAUUUGACUGAAGCCAUGGAGAAAAAAAUGUCCCAGCAGAACCUGUCAGUAGACAAUAGCUUGAGCAGCAUUAUCUCUGAACAGCAGGAGGAGACAGACAGGAGCAUCUCAGAGUCUGUGCUAAAUACCUCAACGGCAAAUGAUGCUGCAGGAAUCUCCACAGCUGAGAUAGAAGUUAAAAAAGACAUUGAUCCUGCAAAUCUUGCAGUUAUGUACUCCACGCUACAGCAAGAAGUUUUGGGGCUUAAAAAAAGCUUUUCAGAAUUCAAGGAAAGUAACACUAAAAAGGAUAAAUAUUAUUUCGAGGAUGAAGAGGAUUAUGAAGAGGAAAAUGAUAAAUCUGAGGGGUAUGAAGAUGAUGAAGAGUCCUACAAAGAUGACUAUGAUGAUGACGAUGAUGAAGAAAAGGAAGACAGUUAUGAAGAAAACAUUGCUGAUCUUUAUGAUGAUGAUUAUGAGGAUAACUUGACCGAAUCAGAUGAGUCCAGUGAUGAAGAUGAAUACGAAAAAGAUAAAUAUGACUAUUAAGAUGAAAAAUGUGCCAAUCCAGUUAAAAUCUACCAAAACAUGUUAUACUCCAUAUUUUGCUUUGUUUUGACCAAAUCCAAAACAGUUUUUAUUAUUUUGUCAACAUUUUAUUAUUGCAAUUGUAUUAACUUUUUUUUCAAAGCCCCCUCUCGUUUCUACUUACCUUUGCAAGUCACUUUGAAAAAAAGCAUAAUUUACAUUUACAUUUAGCUGACGCUUUUAUCCAAAGCGACUUACAAUUGCUGUCUAUGUCAUAGGUGUCUAUGACUGUGUGUCACAGUGGAUUCGUAUGGAGGACCACAAGAGUCAUGCAAAAUGUAAUAAAGAAGUUCUAUAUUUAAUUACUACCUGGACAAUAAAAAUAGCAAUUAUUUGUUUUCUUUGGGUCCUUGCAAAUGGUCAAAUGAGAAAUGCAAACUAGCUAUGGCCAGGUGGAUGUAACAAGCUCGCUGAUUGGCUCUGAUUGUAAAUCAUGCGCAGAUUUAUAGAUCUCGGAUGAGGACCCAAAGAGUCACGGAAAAGCUAAAUAGAGAGGCUAAAACGAACGCAAAUCGAAUAGCGAGAAGAAUAAGGAGAACCAUCGGGAAAAUGAAAACAGAAACGUUACACGGAAAUGCCCAUUUAAAUGCCUAAUUUAAACCUGUAUUUGUAGUUCAAUUUAUAAAUCCAGUUAUUUAUUUCUCUUUUAAAUCUCUUUUUGAAUUAC